AUGAAAUUUUUUAUUCCCUUGGCGCUUUAUGUUGCCAGCCUUAUCAACGUCACUGCUGCUAGCGAUGAUGAGCAAAUUCCUCCACCACCACCUCCACCGGAGCUGACUGGUGAUAUAACUCAGAAGAUUGACGGGGUGGAUUAUGACUACGUUAUACCCUCAACGGAAAAGCGCUUCAAGGUAGUUAUGAGCCUGAUGGAUGGUGAUGGACUAAACGUUCAUCUGCUUGAAAAGGUCGAAGAAGUAUUCAAGGAGCUUAUUAGUCACUCAAUGCACAAAUGGACAGAAGCGCUUCCAACCGAGCAUCAAGAUCGGUUCCUUAGAUAUGCGUCUCAGCAGGCGACAUCCCUUCCGACAGGUAUACAAAUGCAAAACUACACGAGCGUCGAACAGGCUAAGGCCAUACGCAAUGCUCUGGAUAUAUCUGGAAAAUCUUUCCACCUGUUGUUUGGCCUCCUUUUCGGGGAUUAUGCUAAACACGUGUCUCAUGAAUCCACGAAAGCUGAGGCAACCCAAAUAGAGGAACCUGGAAGUGACCCGAAUGUUGCUAGGGGUGUGCUUGACGCGCCAAACAAUUCGCAUAACGUAAAAGAGGGUAUGCAGAUAGACGAUAUGUUUUUGAAUCUCAGAUUUGUGUUACCUUCAUUUGCCAAUGAUCUUUACGAACUACACGGUGUAAUUGCCAACAAACCGAAUGAAACAAACCUGGACAAGAAUGCGAUAACCCGGAGUGUUAUGGAUUGGAUGAAGAUACACUUACCUGAAAUCGAAGCAAAUAAAGUUGUAAAAGGCUACGAAAUUCAGCAAAAGUUAACUCAACUAGUACAGAAUGAACCUCAUCUUACGGAAGCCAUAAUAGCUUUCAAGGCUUACAACCUAGCAGACGAAGACCUGAAAUCAUCAGUAGCGAAGUGCAAGGAGAUGAACGCUGCGAGCUUCGGCACUAUCGGUCUGCUCUUGGCGGCCGUCUUCGCAUCCACCAUGUGGUAA